AUGUCCAGUCCUUUCGGCAUCCCUCCUAGAAAGAUCGCAGGCAAACUAAAGCCUUUCAAACUGCACGUCUCUGAGAGCGAGCUGUUCAAAUUCCGAGAGCUGCUCAGUCUCUCUGAGAUUGGACCAGAAACAUGGUGGAAUACACAGAAUGAUCCGCAAUUCGGAGUAUCCCACAAGUGGCUGACCGAGGCGAAAGAAACUUGGCUUCAUAGUUUCAACUGGCGGGAGCACGAGGAUUAUCUCAACAAGUUUCCUAGCUUCAAGGUUGCCGUGGAUGACGUGGAAGCUGGGCUGGUCACUAUCCACUUCGCUGCCCUCUUUUCCACCAAGGAGGAUGCCAUUCCUGUGGUUUUUCUACAUGGCUUUCCGGCAUCUUUCAUGGAAUUUCUGCCGAUGAUGCAGCUACUUGCCGAGAAGUAUACACCUGAGACUCUACCAUAUCAUAUCAUUGUACCCUCUUUGCCGGACUAUGGACUAUCUGGUGGAUCCACUCGGAACAUUGAGAUGACAAUAGCACAAUCAGCACGCAUCAUCAAUCAGUUGAUGAUUGAGCUUGGAUUUGGAAAAGGAUACGUUGCUCAAGGAGGCGAUCUUGGUAGCAUGCUUGCCCGAGUCAUGUCCGUCGAUUACAAGGAAUGCAAAGCAUUUCACGUCAAUAUGCUUGCACUAAACCCGGGCGAAAAGCCACCUUCUUCCAAGUUGACUCCUGGAGAGUUGGGAAUAUUUGAACGAACCGAGGCGUGGAGACAAACGGGUCUAGCAUACGCACUUGUGCAUGGCACGCGCCAAUCCACAGUCGGAUUGGCCAUAUCAUCUAGUCCGCUUGCAUUGUUGGCAUGGAUAGGUGAGAAGCUCCUUGAAUGGGUAGACCAGCGAGAACCAUUGCCACUCGAUACUGUUCUAGCUAUGGUCAGCUUCUAUUGGUUUACGGGUACAUUCCCCCGCAGCCUGUAUCAUGCAGAGCUUGUCAAAAGCUAUCUUCGAGGUAAAGCGCAUCCGAUAUCAAAAGAGAAGCCACUUGGGUAUUCUUUAUUUGCUCAUGACCUUGCUGUGUUACCGAAAACCUGGGCCGAGGAGAUGUAUCCAAAUCUCAUAUUCUUCAAGGCCCAUUCAGCUGUGAGUAGUAAUAUCGCCAACGCAACUUCUCCAAACCUUAUCACUAAUGCAUACUCGCAGGGUGGACACUUUGCCAGCUUGGAGCGGCCAAAGGAAUUCUUAGAGGAUAUCGAGGACUUUUUGAAAAGUGCCCAUGAUUUGUUUCAAGUCGAACGAAGUUGA